AUGGAAGAUACGAAAAUCUGGCUACUUUUGGUUGCAUUAAGUAAUGGUUCAGUCGAAGAUGGUGAAUUAUUUUCAUUAAAAAUUUUUCAAAAUGCGAUACGUAAUUCACAACGGAAUGCAAUUUUCAGUGUAGGUGGUUUACUGGAAUCACUUGCUGUGUUAUAUGAAGCAUCCGGAGGAGCUUCAUCAACUAUUUUAGCAAGAGUCGCUGGAUUUUCAUCCAAAGAUGAUCAUCGUUCUGAUUAUGCUCAAUAUAAACAAAGUUUAAUGAAUUCUGCUGGACCAGUGACAUCAUUUAUUCAAAGAUCAAUCAUAUUUCAACAUGAGAGUAUAACAGUUUACGAAUCAUUUCGACGAAUUAUUCAAGAUUAUUUUCAAUGUAAUAUGAUAACAGUACCGAAAAGUUUUUCGGAAGGAGAUGAAUUACAUAAGAUUCACCAUGAAAUUGAUUUCUAUACUAAUCAUACUUUGGAUAAAUCAACUUUUGAUGAUGUUCUCUCAUCCUUAACGGACACCGAAUUAAUGUUAAUCAGCGUCAAUUAUUUUAAGAGUGGGUGGGAAACUGUUUUUGAUCCAUUAGAUACCGAACAACGAAAUUUUUAUAAUAUUGAUGGAUCAACUCGGCAGGUACCAUUUAUGGAAAGUACUGGCAGAUUUAAGGCUGUAAAAGUUUCACAAUUACGUUCAACUUUAUUACAACUACCAUACAAGGAUUCAGCAUUUUCAUUGCUGGUAUUAUUACCUGAUGAGAAUACAAAUAUUAACUCAAUAUUGGACAGUUUUGAUUGGACAGUCAUUCGAAAUUUUAUACCUAAUGAUUAUGCACCAAUGAAUAUUCGAAUUCCAAAAUUUAAAAUUAAUUCAAAUAUUGAAAUGAAUGAACAUUUAAUACAAAGUGGAUUAUCGGAUUUAUUCAAAAGCUUAGACCUAGUACAUAUGACUCCAGAAAAGGAGCUUUCUUUGAGUAGUAUUUAUCAAGUUGCACAUUUUGAAAUUGACGAAGUAGGUACGAUGGCUUCUUCAAGUAUACAUAUGAGCAUUGGAUUCCGAAGUUUACAAAUACCAAAAAUUGUAGAAAUGAAUCGACCAUUUUUAUAUUUCAUUAUUAAUUCAAAAGUAUUCAGUCCCAUUUAUUUAGGGAAAGUAAUAGAAUUAUAA